AUGAGUCGACGCAUUUCUGUUGUUGACCUCACUUUGUCACAGACAACGCCACUCGCGCUGCGUUCUUCACUUGAGGUCUCACCAACACUAUCUCCUUCAUCUAUCCGAUCUGACCGGUCAGAACCCUACUCCAUGCCUCGAGGAACCAAACGCAAACGCCGCCAGCCAGAUGAUCCUGAUGAUCAGUCCCGCCCCGGCACUCCAGAUGUUGCGGGGGUUCAGAUUGAAUCUAUUGACCUAACAGAUGUCACGGACACAUCAUCUUUCGCAAGAGCCCUGGCUAAAAAGCGUCCCGACGAAAUUCAAGCCCAGAGCCCAGAGCAGCCGGAUAAGCCCCAGGCCACACUGGCCGCAUAUCAGUGUCCGGUCUGUAUGGACCACCUCGAGGAUUCCACCACAACUUCCUGCGGUAAGAGACAAUCUCCGUACUCCGUAUCUGGUGAAGAAAUCACAUCUGACAAGCGUCUUCACAUCCCUCAGGGCAUCUCUUCUGCCACAAAUGUAUCAUCGAGUACUUGCGCUCUAUUGAAAGCGGGCGUUCUGAACAAAAUAAGCCAGCGAAGGGAACAUGCCCAGUGUGCCGGAAGCCUCUUUCAUCGAAGGAUUCAGGGACUCGACGAAGUCUGA